UGCCUAUACUCCACUCUACACUCUACAGUCUACAGUUCGCAGAUACAAUGCACGCUAUAUGCUACGUACUAUGUACAAAUACCUACAUAUAGCCGUCACUGCUGCGCUAUUAUGUGUGAGUGCGUUGUUCCUGUGCGCGUUUGUGUAUAAGCUUAGCGCGUCCGGCGUCGGCUCUGCUUCGCUUCUAUCGUACUCACGCUCAUUACAAAUCCGCCUACGAGAGUAGGAGGCGUCGCUGCUGGCCGUGUUUCAGCUUGGGAAUAUAACAUGUGCGUCGAGCUUGGCUGGAUUUUCGGCGGGAGUGCUGCAGCGUGCUGAAAUAGCCGUACCUAUAUAUUAUACUUACGGCCAUAACCUGCAAACUGACGUACGGGAUUGCGCGCGCGCUCGUACUUGUGUACAGCUGGCUCCUGCAUGCCCGUCUGCCCGUGUCCCACUGGAAUGACUUCUUUGCGGCGAUAGCGUGAGGAGAAGAUACGCAAGGAGUUGCUGCGCGGUGCUGCCGCUGCAUCAGCGGGCCUACCGAGGACAGGAGUGGGCUGCUGUUGAUGUGUGCAGAGCCAGCAUACCUAUAGCCAAGUGAUAAUUCAGUUCUGUGUGGAGAUGACUGAGAUGACUGCCAUGCGGAUGAAUGCUGUCUUCCUAAAAUAUCUCCAGACACGAGUGUGAUCCGGCUGGUUUAUUUUGCUUUCUGGCUGCUGCCAGCGGAUGCUUCUUCUGGCACUUGGAAGAGUCGGAUCGAAAGCUCGAGUGCUCUGCAAGAUUCUGCACUAUGGCGCAGCAAGUGGCAAACAAGUCUGAUAAGGAAAUGAGCUCGAGCCGUAAGCUAAGCAGGCUACUCGCCUAGUCUCCGAAACAUUUGUCAAACUGCCGUGUGCGACAAAGCGAAGGAGAAAAAAAUUGCGCUUAGAGAGAAGUCCCCCGAGGUAUGGCCAGGAUGAAGCAAAAUCUCGACGGCAGACCUCUCACCCAGGAUGAGAUGGAUGAGAGCGAGCAGCAAGCUCAGGCCCAGGCUCAGCAGCAGGUCCAGGAUGCGGUCGACCAGCAGGUCCAGCAGCAGCAGCAGCAGCAGCAGCAGCAGCUAGAGCAACAGGGCAUCCCUCAGAUUCGCUUCCUCAACGCCAACGUCUUGCAACAGCUUCAGCAGCAACAGGCUGCGGCAGUCGCGGCCCAGCAACAAGCCCAGCAGCAACAGCAAGACGCCCAGCAACAGCAGCAGGGCCAGCCCCAGGUCAUCACGCUGCAGCAGCUGCAGAAUUUCGUGCCUUUACAGCAGCAGCAACAGCAGCAGCAUGACCAGCAGAGGGCACAGACGAUAUCUAUGCAAGCGCUGCCUCAGCAGUUUCUUCAGGGAGCUCAGCUGGUAAGCACCCAAGCACAGGCAGCUGCAUUGCAACAGCAGACAGCACAGCAGGUGCAAGCACAGACGCAGGCUCAGCAGCAAACACAGCAGCAACAGCCUCAACAGACGCAGCUCAGUUACAGUGUCAUACCACAGAUGCAAACUGUCAACAUAGAUGGACAGGAAGCUCUGUUUAUACCUGCAGCCUCUGCUGCUCAUCAACAGGCUCAGCCGACGAUGCAGUUCACCACAGCCAAUGGUCAGCAGAUACAAUUGGCUGGACAGCAAAUCCAGCUAGCUAAUGGACAGACCAUUAUCAAUCCCCAUCCUGUUAGUCUGAUAAGGUCGCCAAACGUUUUUCCAACUUCGAUUCUGCAGAAUAUCAAUGGACAAACCGUGCAAUUACCCACAGAACCCGAGGCCAACUUGGAUGUUUCAGGUCAAAGCGUGCAGGUACGACCGCUGCAAUUUCCCAUGCAGCAGCUCCAGCAAACAGUUCCUGUGCAGGUGCCUGUCACCGCUAACGGCCAGACUGUCUACCAAACUGUGCACUUUCCCGUGCAAGCUUUGUCCAGUGUCUUCAACAUGCCCACCGCUCAGAUGGUUCCCCAAAUUACGCAGCAGAUGCCGCAAGUUGCUCAGAUCAUAACGCCAAACGGCCAGAUUCAGCAAGUCCAGAUAGCGAAUCUGUCUCAACUGCAGAGUUUACAAUCGCUUCAAGGACAGCAAGUUGCUCAGCAAGUUGCCCAGCAAGUGGCUGCACAACAGCAAGCUGCUGCAGCUGCUCAAGCCCAAGCCCAAGCCCAAGCCCAAGCUCAAGCUCAAGCUCAAGCUCAAGCUCAAGCUCAAGCUCAGGCUCAAGCUCAGGCUCAGCAACAUGUGGCUCAACAAGUAGCCGCGCAGCAGCAGCAACAGCAACAACAGAAUCAGCAACAGGUGCAGCAAGUUCAGCAAGUACAGCAAGUACAGCAAGCUCAGCAAGCAUCGUCGUCGACACCUGCCUCGACGGUGUCCACGUACACUACCCCGAGUAAUGUUCAGGUCGUAGGUAUCAGAUCUGGAAAUGGAAAUCUGAUAACGACGAAAGACGGGCAGAAAAUAGACGUGCAAUCCAUAACGCAGAUCAGGCCGCAACAAGAGGUGCAGGAAGGUGAAAUAAAGGUUACUAAUAUAGAUGCCAGUCAGCUUGCGAACGGCCAAGUCAUACAUAUCCCACAAACAAUGCAACAGUCCGGCCAGCCUAUAAGUAUCGCAGGAGCUCAAGGCCAGCAGAUAACGUUGAUUCCAGCAUCGGCUUUGGCAGGUCUGACGGCACAGCAAGCGGGUGGUAUGAUGCGCAGUGUCAAUCUCGGUGGUGGCGUAAUGCAGUUGCAACCGGCUGGUGGCCUGAGUGCCGCUAAUGGUUUUCUGCAGUCAAUUCCGGUACAGAAUAUCCCGGGCCUAGGCAACGUCCAGGUGAUCUCGGCGGUACAACCAACGACGGUACAAACACUGCAGCCCGCAGCCACCGCUGCUGCAUCGACAGUCCACAUCGAGAGCGCCAGUGAUCCCAAGUGGCAGAUCCUCCAGACGAUUAACUCGAAUGGUGCUACUACUAUUUCUGCUCAGCCACAACCCCAGCAACAGACCCAGGUCCAGCAACAGCAACCGCAGCAGAGCCAACAGCAGCACAGCAAUGCCAGCGCAAGUGGAGAUGACACCAACAAGCAACAUAGGCGCAGAGUCGCCUGCACGUGUCCUAACUGCGGUGACGGCGACAGGAACCGUGAUAUGACGCGAAAACGACAGCAUGUUUGCCACAUUCCUGGGUGCAGCAAAGUCUAUGGCAAAACAUCUCAUUUGCGAGCCCACUUGAGAUGGCAUACGGGUGAGCGGCCAUUCGUUUGCAAUUGGAUAUUCUGCGGCAAAAAGUUCACUCGCUCGGACGAGUUGCAGCGUCACAGACGCACCCACACAGGCGAAAAACGCUUCGAGUGCCCGGAGUGCACCAAGAAGUUUAUGAGGUCUGAUCAUCUUACAAAACACAUCAAGACGCACACAAAGAUACGCAGCACGGAGGCGGCGACAUCAACGCAGGAAGGUUCUUCGGACAGUCAGUCUUCGAACGAGGAAAAAAUCAUCAUUGCAUUUCGCAAGGAGCCCGAGCAGACAGAGCUCGUUCUUACGGAUCCACUGGAGGUCAUCGAUAACCAAGCGACAAAUCAUGUUACGAACGAAUAGAUAUUCUUUACUCCUGGUGAACAAAUUUCUCUGGCAAUUUAUUAAAAUCAUCGUUGCAGAUGUAAAUCAAUUACACGGAUCUUUCAUUUAUAUUUGUAUUUUACAACCAUUUUUGCAGUUCACGCAAUUUUUUUAUUGUUUAAUUUUUUUAUAGUAUAUUUUUAUUUCUAACAAGUAAUUUUUUUUAAUUUUCAUAAAAAUAUGUACACCGCUUUAAGCCUUACUCUUGAUUUACUAUGCAUACUUAGAUAGCAACUUAGAAUUUUUGCUGUUAUUUUGUAAUAUAAUCGGAAUAGGUAAAGAAAUUUAGGUGAACAUUCAGUUAUUUUCACUUUCAGUAAAUUCAAAAUUUCGUAAAAAAUGAUGAUUUCACUUACAUUUUAAACUAUUAGUGCAAACAAAUCGUUAUCUAUUCAUCUAUCUUAAUUGUGAGAGAAAUUUUGUCACCAGGAAAAACUUCGCAAUCAUUCUAAAUCUAAUGCUUUAGAUUAGAAAGCGAAGUAAACUAGUCCCUUUGGUAAAGUUUUUAAGGAUUAUACCAGAUAUUGUGAUAAAUCUUUUGCGAAAAUUUAUAACUAUUUUUAUAGUCUUUUUGCGUUGAUGUUUAACUAUUUUUUUUCAAAUCUUAUUUUAUUUCAUCUCAUUAUUUGACAAAAUCAGAAUGUCAAAGAGAUAGAUUAAACCACCUUAUGAUCUUUAUGCUCUAGAUAGAACACAUAUCUGGUGAUAAUCAGUUGAAACAGUGUAUAAAUUGGAACAAAUGUAUAUCUCCAUUGAAAUUAGAGACAUAUUUGUGUAUGAUGUCUACAAGAAUUGCAAUGAUUCCGUUGUAGGCAAUAGAUAUAUUUUUAUAAGAAAAGUUUUGUAAAAACUGUAAAUAUAAAUUUGCAAAUAAUGUACAGAAUCGUGAAAAAUGUUUUUGCACACAAAUAUUUACACUUUUUGACGUUUUUCCAUGGUAUAACAAUGCGACUUUACUCUACAACUUUUUUCUGUACGCGCAUUAAUCCAUAUGCUGUAUGUAAUAUUAGUCGCCAUUUUCCAUGAAGUAAUGGUUUCAAAAAUGAGAAGAAGAAAGCACUGAAUAUACUGUUAAAACAAAUAAUAUAUUGUUAUAAAAAUAAAAAUAAAAAAUAAAAAAUACAACAUAC